AACAAGAAGUAUUAGAUCGAGGAACAGCAGUGAAUCUGACUUGACGAAAAUGGCUUUGCAUGUUCCGAAGGCACCAGGAGUGCACCAGAUGCUAAGAGGAGGCGCGCGCGUAUAUAGCGGCAUGGAGGAGGCUGUUCUUAGAAAUAUAAAUGCCUGCAAGGAAUUUUCGCACAGUUUGCGUACUGCUUUCGGCCCAAAUGGAAUGGCCAAAAUAAUUGUCAACUAUCUCAAUAACCAAUUUGUGACGAGCGACGCCGCGACCAUAGUACGUGAACUGGAAAUACAGCAUCCUGCUAUAAAGGUGUUAGCAGACGCAGCCUUUGUCCAACAGGAUGAAAUGGGCGAUGCAGUUAACUACGUAAUCAUUUUGGCGGGUGCUCUUUUGGAGUACGCCGAAGAGCCAUUAUCCAUGGGGGUUACGCCCGCAGAGAUUGCAGAUGGAUAUGAAUUGGCCCUGGCAUUUGCGGAGAAUCAUUUGACAAAGAUGGUAGCAUAUGAUUUUACAGACAUAUGCUCGUUGGAGUCAGUGAAGAAAAUCCUUAAUUCGGUGAUACAAUCGCGACAAUUCGGGUUGGAGGACGUCCUAACACCUUUGGUUGCCCAAGGCUGCGUAGCUGUGCGUAGUGCGACUGACGAUUUCUCGACCGGACGCCUCCGAGUCUGCAAAAUUCUUGGCGGCGGAUUACACGCCAGCACUGUUGUCCGCGGGAUGGUCUUGAAGCGUAUCGUUUCAGGUGUCGUCAGAGAUGCAACAGAUGCCGGCGUCGCCGUAUACGAUUGCCCGGUGGAUUACUCGCGCACCGAGACUAAGGGCACUGUCUUAUUUCAUACGGCAGCAGAGUUAAGAAACUACAGCCAUGACGAGGAUCGUAUUUUGGAAGAACAGAUCAGAGCCCUUGCUGAGGCCGGAGUUAAGGUGGUGGUGUGCAGCGGAAAAGUGGGAGACAUGGCCCUUCACUUCCUCAAUAAACACCAUUUGAUGGUGGUCCGUCUAAUUAGCAAAUUUGAUUUGUUGCGAGUCUCUGAGGCAGUCGGUGCAAGAGUCCUGUGUAAUCUUAAACCGCCGUUAAAAGAGGAGUUGGGCCAUUCUGAUGAAGUGAUCGCCAACGAAAUUGGCGAUACCUGCGUUAUAAUAUUUCGCCGUAACAGGCAAAUCAAUCGCGUGGACGAAGGGAAAGGUGAUUCGAUCGUGGGUUGCCCUUUGGCAACCGUCCUCCUACGAGGUGCCACCGACGCAGCAAUGGACAAUGCCGAACGCGCCAUGCAGAGCGCUCUAGCCGUUUACAAUGCUGCUCUUCAAGAUGGUCGAUUCGUUGCUGGAGCGGGGGCAACCGAGAUCGAGUUGAGGAAGGAACUCCUGUCUCAUGCCAACACCUUGCCCGGCAUGGAGCAAUAUGCCAUUAGGCAAUUCGCCAAAGCCCUAGAAAUUAUACCCAGAUGCAUUGCCGAAAAUACAGGUGCCAACGCCACUGAAUCCUUAGACAGCGUUAUUGACGCACACAAUUGGGGACACAUGUAUGCUGGGAUGGACAUCGAGACCCAGGAUACAGCUGUUACUUGUUUCGACGUGGUGGAGAGAGAUGUACUUGAUGCAUUGGUUGUUAAACAUUGGGCCCUUAAAAGGGCCACACAGGCAGCCUGCACCGUGCUGCGAAUUGAUCACAUCGUCAUGGCCCGUCCAGCUGGUGCACCAACAAUGCCAGCAGAUGACCUGUAAUU